CACUUUUGUCUGCCGGACAACAAAGACCACCCGGAAGCACGUGAGUGACAUCUUUUAUAGUCCAAAGAUCUUAUUUUUGUGCGGGGAGAAAGUUGUCACCUGACUGCGAGUGAAAAACUUUGCACAAAAAAAAAAAAAGGGAAAAAAAGAGGGGAGGAGAAGAAGGGGAAAAGUCUCCCCACGCCCACAGGAUCCCGCCCACCAGAGACAGUGAAGCCGAGACCCUUAUAGACUUAAAACGAAGCUGUGUUCUCCCGCGGACACUUCUUGACGUGAACGUUACUUCUGCAACUUGUGCUCCUGCGCCAUCAUGUUUGGGAUGCUGAGACAUCUUCGGCCGGGCUUCUUCUUCUUCGUCUUCUUCUGCCUCCUCGUGGAGCAUCACAAAGUUCAAGCGGGCAACUGCUGGCUGCAGCAGGGCAAGAACGGCCGCUGCCAGGUGCUCUACAUGCCGGGCAUGAGCCGGGAGGAGUGCUGCAGGAGCGGCAGACUCGGCACGUCGUGGACGGAGGAGGACGUCCCCAACAGCACCUUGUUCAGGUGGAUGAUCUUCAACGGUGGAGCCCCCAAUUGCAUACCUUGCAAAGAAUCGUGCGACAACGUGGACUGCGGCCCCGGCAAGAGGUGCAAGAUGAACCGGAGGAGUAAACCGCGGUGCGUGUGCGCGCCGGACUGCUCCAACGUCACGUGGAAGGGACCCGUGUGCGGCUCGGACGGCAAGACCUACAAGGACGAGUGCGCCUUGCUCAAGGCCAAGUGCAAAGCCCAGCCGGACCUGGACGUGCAGUACCAAGGCAAAUGCAAAAGUAGGUGCACGCGCGCACACACGCCAAUGCACCUUCUAAAGUUGUUUCCCCCCGCCCCCCGUGCAGAAACGUGCCGUGACGUGCGGUGCCCCGGCAGCUCCACCUGCGUGGUGGACCAGACCAACAACGCCUAUUGUGUGACAUGUAAUCGGAUUUGUCCCGAGGUGACGUCACCCGAGCAGUACCUGUGCGGCAACGACGGGAUCGUGUACGCCAGCGCGUGCCACCUGAGGCGCGCCACCUGCCUGCUGGGCCGCUCCAUCGGGGUGGCCUACGAGGGCAGAUGCGUCAAGGCCAAGUCAUGCGAGGACAUCCAGUGCAGCGCCGGCAAGAAGUGUCUGUGGGACGGCCGCAUGAGUCGAGGACGCUGCUCGCUGUGUGACGAGACAUGUCCGGAGAGCCGGACGGAGGAGGCAGUGUGCGCCAGCGACAACACCACCUACCCCAGCGAGUGCGCCAUGAAGCAAGCCGCCUGCUCCGUGGGGGUGAUGCUGGAGGUCAAACACUCUGGAUCUUGCAACUCCAUCACAGAAGAACCGGUGGAGGAUGAUGAGGAAGAUGAAGACUACAAGGCCUUUGUCCAUUUAUCAUCUGUACUGGAUGGAUAGACCCCUCUCCCCUCACCCUCAUAUGACACCACCCCCUUCAGUAUGUCCAUACUGUACAUUAUGUGUAUGCUUAUUUAUUUUUGAAACAAAAAGGAAGUAUACAUAUAGUUCAGUCUGCUAGAUGUUUAUUUAUACUUUUGUUGUGUUUUCUAAUUUAUACAUUUACUAUGUCAGGCGUACGAUUAUUAUUACCACUCUCCCUUUGUUUUUUUGUGUGCGUUCUUUUUUUUUUAUAUCAUGAAGAAAUAUAUUUGUCCAAAGAGAAACAGUGUUAUUUAUUAGUAAUUUUCUUGAACGUGCAAGUACAAAAGCUGUAAAUGGCAUUCCGCUUUCAUUCAGCUGUGAAAACAAAACAAUCAAAAAAAGUUGCUUGUCGCCGUCAAAUCUCUAUCACAGGUGUUUAUGUCACACUUACGCAAAUGCAUGUUUAAGCUGUGUGUUUAUUUAUUGGGAAUAUAUCUUUUUUUAUGUACAGUUUCUGGUUUGUUUACAGAUCACAGUAACUGACCAAAGGGAUUCUCUCAAUGGUUUUUCAACAAAAAAGAAAAGAAAAAAAGGACGCAGCAGUAAUUACGUUUUUCCCUUCCUGGUUUUCAAUUCACCUUUAGGCCUUUUAGGAUUGUAGAUCUUGUAAACACAAAAGAGGUACGUUUGGCGAUGAUACUUGAUGGAAACAAUGUGCCAUUUAACGUGUGUGUGUUUGUGUGUGUGUGUGCGUGUGUGUGCGUGUAUGUGUGUGCGUGCGUGUGUGGGUGUGGCUGUGUGCGUCUUAUUCUUCGCCAAUAUUGCUCUUUCAGAGCUCCAAUAAGAUGAACUGCAGUAUUUGACAAUAAUAUUUCAUCUUUCUCUCUCUCAGUUUUAUUGUCCAAACAUCACAAGAGAAAUACACAAAUUCUCUUAUGAAUAUAUAGUUUUGUAUUUUUUAUGUAAAUGUCAUAUGUACAUAACAAAGUUUGAGGGUAUUUGUACAGAUAUGAAAAGUAAAACAAUAAAAGUUUUUUUUCCCUUA